CCCCAGAGCUAACUUCAGCAUGCUCAAAAGGAAGCAGAGUUCCAGGGUGGAGGCCCAGCCGGUCACUGACUUUGGUCCUGAUGAAUCUCUGUCGGACAAUGCAGACAUACUCUGGAUUAACAAGCCAUGGGUUCAUUCUCUGCUGCGCAUCUGUGCCAUCAUCAGCGUCAUUUCUGUCUGCAUGAACACGCCCAUGACCUUCGAACACUACCCUCCUCUGCAGUACGUGACCUUCACCCUGGACACUCUGUUGAUGUUUCUCUACACGGCAGAGAUGAUAGCAAAAAUGCACAUCCGGGGGAUUGUCAAGGGGGAUAGUUCCUAUGUGAAAGAUCGCUGGUGUGUUUUUGAUGGAUUUAUGGUCUUUUGCCUUUGGGUUUCAUUGGUGUUACAGGUAUUUGAAAUCGCUGAUAUAGUUGAUCAGAUGUCCCCUUGGGGCAUGUUACGGAUCCCACGGCCACUAAUUAUGAUCCGGGCAUUCCGGAUUUAUUUCCGAUUUGAACUACCAAGGACCAGAAUUACAAAUAUUUUGAAGCGAUCAGGAGAACAAAUAUGGAGUGUUUCCAUUUUCCUCCUUUUCUUUCUACUUCUUUAUGGAAUUUUAGGAGUUCAGAUGUUUGGGACAUUUACCUAUCACUGUGUAGUAAAUGACACAAAACCAGGAAAUGUAACCUGGAAUAGUUUAGCUAUCCCAGAUACACACUGCUCACCAGAGCUGGAAGAAGGCUACCAGUGCCCCCCAGGAUUUAAAUGCAUGGACCUUGAAGAUCUGGGACUUAGCAGGCAAGAGCUGGGCUACAGUGGCUUUAAUGAGAUAGGCACCAGCAUCUUCACCGUGUACGAGGCUGCAUCCCAGGAAGGAUGGGUAUUCCUCAUGUACAGAGCCAUCGACAGCUUUCCCCGCUGGCGUUCCUAUUUCUACUUCAUUACCCUUAUUUUCUUCCUUGCCUGGCUUGUUAAGAAUGUGUUUAUUGCUGUCAUCAUUGAAACAUUUGCAGAAAUCAGGGUACAGUUUCAACAGAUGUGGGGAUCUAGAAGCAGCACUACUUCGACAGCCACGACGCAGAUGUUUCACGAAGACUCCGCUGGCGGGUGGCAGCUGGUAGCUGUAGACGUCAACAAACCCCAGGGACGUGCCCCAGCUUGCCUCCAGCAAAUGAUGCGGUCAUCCGUCUUCCACAUGUUCAUCCUGAGCAUGGUGACUGUGGACGUGAUAGUGGCUGCCAGCAACUAUCACAAAGGAGAAACCUUCAGAAGGCAAUAUGAUGAGUUCUAUCUUGCGGAGGUGGCUUUUACGGUACUUUUUGAUUUGGAAGCACUUCUGAAGAUAUGGUGUUUGGGAUUUACUGGAUAUAUUAGCUCAUCUCUCCACAAAUUCGAGCUGCUGCUCGUAAUUGGAACCACUCUUCAUGUAUAUCCAGAUCUUUAUCAUUCUCAAUUCACAUACUUUCAGGUUCUCCGGGUAGUUCGGCUUAUUAAAAUUUCACCUGCAUUAGAAGACUUCGUGUACAAGAUAUUUGGUCCUGGAAAAAAGCUGGGAAGUUUGGUUGUAUUUACUGCCAGCCUCUUGAUUGUUAUGUCGGCAAUUAGUCUGCAGAUGUUCUGCUUCGUCGAAGAGCUGGAUAGAUUUACGACGUUUCCAAGGGCAUUUAUGUCCAUGUUCCAGAUCCUUACCCAGGAAGGAUGGGUUGACGUCAUGGACCAAACGCUAAAUGCUGUGGGACACAUGUGGGCACCAGUGGUCGCCAUCUAUUUCAUUCUGUAUCACCUCUUCGCCACUCUGAUCCUCCUGAGUUUGUUUGUCGCUGUUAUUUUGGACAACUUAGAACUUGAUGAAGAUCUAAAGAAGCUUAAACAAUUAAAGCAAAGUGAAGCAAACGCAGACACCAAAGAAAAGCUCCCUUUGCGACUUCGAAUCUUUGAAAAAUUUCCAAACAGACCGCAAAUGGUGAAAAUCUCAAAGCUUCCUUCAGAUUUUACAGUUCCUAAAAUCAGGGAAAGUUUCAUGAAGCAGUUUAUUGAUCGCCAGCAACAGGACACCUGCUGCCUCUUACGAAGCCUUCCAUCUACCUCUUCCUCAUCCUGUGAUCACUCCAAACGGUCUGCGAUUGAGGACAAGUACAUUGACCAAAAACUUCGCAAGUCUGUCUUCAGCAUCAGGGCGAGGAACCUUCUAGAAAAGGAGACCGCAGUCACUAAAAUUUUAAGAGCUUGCACUCGACAGCGCAUGCUGAGCGGAUCAUUUGAGGGGCAGCCAGCGAAGGAAAGGUCAAUUCUCAGCGUGCAGCACCAUAUCCGCCAAGAGCGCAGGUCAUUAAGACACGGAUCAAACAGCCAGAGGAUCAGCAGGGGGAAGUCUCUUGAAACUCUGACUCAAGAUCAUUCCAAUACAGUGAGAUAUAGAAAUGCACAAAGAGAAGACAGUGAAAUAAAGAUGAUCCAGGAGAAAAAGGAGCAAGCAGAAAUGAAAAGGAAAGUGCAGGAAGAGGAGCUGAGGGAGAACCACCCGUACUUCGAUAAGCCCCUGUUCAUCGUGGGUCGGGAGCACAGGUUCAGAAACUUCUGCCGAGUGGUGGUCCGAGCUCGAUUCAACGCAUCUAAAACAGAUCCUGUCACAGGAGCUGUGAAAAAUACAAAGUACCAUCAACUUUAUGAUUUGCUGGGAUUGGUGACUUACCUGGACUGGGUCAUGAUUAUCGUAACCAUUUGCUCCUGCAUUUCCAUGAUGUUCGAAUCCCCCUUCCGGAGAGUCAUGCACGCACCCACUUUGCAGAUCGCCGAGUAUGUGUUUGUGAUAUUCAUGAGCAUUGAGCUUAAUCUGAAGAUUAUGGCAGAUGGCUUAUUUUUCACUCCAACUGCUGUCAUCAGGGACUUCGGUGGAGUCAUGGACAUAUUUAUAUAUCUUGUGAGCUUGAUAUUUCUUUGUUGGAUGCCUCAAAACGUGCCUGCGGAGUCGGGAGCUCAGCUCUUACUUGUUCUCCGCUGCCUGCGACCUCUGCGGAUAUUCAAGCUGGUGCCUCAGAUGAGGAAAGUCGUUCGGGAACUUUUCAGCGGCUUCAAGGAAAUUUUUCUGGUCUCCAUUCUUUUGCUGACAUUAAUGCUUGUUUUUGCAAGCUUUGGAGUUCAGCUCUUUGCUGGAAAACUGGCCAAGUGCAAUGAUCCCAACAUUAUUAGAAGGGAAGACUGUAAUGGAAUAUUCAGAAUUAAUGUAAGUGUGUCCAAGAACUUAAAUUUAAAAUUAAGACCUGGAGAGAAAAAACCUGGAUUUUGGGUGCCACGUGUUUGGGCGAAUCCUCGGAACUUUAAUUUUGACAAUGUGGGCAAUGCUAUGCUGGCAUUGUUUGAAGUUCUCUCCUUGAAAGGCUGGGUGGAAGUGAGGGAUGUUAUUAUUCAUCGUGUGGGUCCGAUGCAUGGAAUCUAUAUUCAUGUUUUCGUAUUCCUGGGUUGCAUGAUUGGACUGACCCUUUUUGUUGGAGUAGUUAUUGCUAAUUUCAAUGAAAACAAGGGGACGGCUCUGCUGACUGUAGAUCAGAGAAGAUGGGAAGAUUUGAAGAGCCGCCUGAAGAUAGCACAGCCUCUUCAUCUGCCACCUCGCCCGGAUAAUGAUGGUUUUAGAGCUAAGAUGUAUGACAUAACCCAGCAUCCAUUUUUUAAGAGGACAAUUGCAUUACUCGUCCUGGCCCAGUCGGUGUUGCUGUCCGUCAAGUGGGACGUCGAGGACCCAGUGACUGUUCCUUUGGCAACCAUGUCGGUCGUUUUCACGUUCAUCUUUGUUCUAGAGGUUACAAUGAAGAUCAUAGCGAUGUCACCUGCCGGCUUCUGGCAAAGCAGAAGAAAUAGGUACGAUCUUCUGGUGACGUCACUCGGCGUUGUCUGGGUGGUACUUCACUUUGCCCUCCUGAACGCGUACACCUACAUGAUGGGCGCGUGUGUGAUUGUCUUCCGGUUUUUCUCUAUCUGCGGGAAGCAUGUGACACUAAAGAUGCUCCUGCUGACAGUGGUCGUCAGCAUGUAUAAGAGCUUCUUUAUCAUAGUGGGGAUGUUCCUGCUGCUGCUGUGCUAUGCUUUUGCUGGAGUCGUCUUAUUUGGUACUGUGAAAUAUGGGGAGAACAUUAACAGGCAUGCAAACUUUUCUUCAGCUGGCAAAGCUAUUACCGUACUGUUCCGAAUUGUCACAGGAGAAGAUUGGAACAAGAUUAUGCAUGACUGCAUGGUCCAGCCCCCCUUUUGUACUCCAGAUGAAUUUACAUACUGGGCAACAGACUGUGGGAAUUACGCUGGGGCACUUAUGUAUUUCUGUUCAUUUUAUGUCAUCAUUGCCUACAUCAUGCUAAAUCUGCUUGUAGCCAUAAUUGUGGAGAAUUUCUCCUUGUUUUAUUCCACUGAGGAGGACCAGCUUUUAAGUUACAACGAUCUUCGCCACUUUCAAAUCAUAUGGAACAUGGUGGAUGAUAAAAGAGAGGGGGUGAUCCCGACUUUCCGCGUGAAGUUCCUGCUGCGGCUUCUGCGGGGGAGGCUGGAGGUGGACCUGGACAAGGACAAGCUUCUGUUCAAGCACAUGUGCUACGAGAUGGAGAGGCUGCACAACGGCGGUGAUGUCACCUUCCAUGAUGUGCUCAGCAUGCUUUCCUACCGGUCGGUUGACAUCCGGAAGAGUUUGCAGCUGGAGGAGCUGCUCGCAAGGGAGCAGCUGGAGUACACCAUCGAGGAGGAGGUGGCCAAGCAGACCAUCCGCAUGUGGCUGAAGAAGUGCUUAAAGCGCAUCAGAGCCAAACAGCAGCAGUCCUGCAGCAUCAUCCACAGCCUGAGAGAGAGCCAACAGCAGGAGCUGAGCCGGUUUCUGAACCCACCCAGUAUUGAGACCACGCAGCCCAGCGAGGACCUGAACGCCAACAGUCAGGAUAACAACAUGCAACCCGAGACGAGCAGCCGGCAGCGGCUUCUGAGCCCCACGCUGUCGGACCGGGGAGCCAGUCGGCAGGACGCAGCCGAGGCCGGGAAGCCCCAGAGGAAGUUCGGCCAGUGGCGCCUGCCCUCGGCACCAAAACCAAUAAGCCACUCGGUGUCUUCGGUCAACUUACGGUUUGGAGGGCGGACCACAAUGAAAUCUGUCGUGUGCAAGAUGAACCCCAUGACAGACACAGCUUCCUGUGGUUCCGAGGUUAAGAAGUGGUGGACUCGGCAGCUGACAGUGGAGAGCGACGAAAGCGGAGAUGACCUUCUGGACAUUUAGAUGGAAGCCAGUGAAGAUGCAAGUCCACUGGUGAAAACUGACUUCUGAUAUGUUCUUUCAUUGUCCAGUGAGCAAUCCAUAAUUGAUGUAUAAUUUAAGUCCAACUUGUAACAAGAUUUUUUAAACUGAUUUCUGUCCUGCCAUAGGAAGGCAUAAAACUGGGUCUGUCAAAGCUGUGUGUGUGACGGGUUAUUAUCACGCAUUCAAGAGAAUCUGCAAAAUGGCAGUUUCGUAAUAUUAGCAACUAUACCAACUAUAUCAGAUGCAGAUCAUUCAAAAUUUCCUAUAUUCCACCUCUGUAAACUAAGGUAUAUUCACGUAUGCUCUGACGCAUUAUUUUCACCCCCUGAGAGAGUGCUUAGCCCAAAGUGGCUGAUAUUUAUGGUGCAGGAGCUGUAUCUUUAGUUCACAUUUUUCCCACUUCCUCUAGAAAUACCUCUCUUGGGAGAAUUCAUUAUUUAUGAUUGAUCUGAAAAUGUCAACACUGAGCUCAUGCUAAAAUGAGUAGUUUUACAAAUUAGAUUCUGAAUUUUAAAAAGUAUACUCUUUUUCUCAUGUUAUUUUAAAAAACAUGCACAAGCUAUUAGACAUCAGAACAAGUCAAUGUCUGUCCCCUUGGCCUGUUCCCAAGAGAACUGCGUGUGCAGCUACCAAGCAAAGAAAUGGGCCCAAAGAGCUGACUGGUUUAAAACAAACCUGUACAUGGAUCACUUGGGGGUACAUAGUUACUUAAAGAUGUUGAGUUUCUUAAAAAGCCUUUUAAUAAUAGAGUUUAGCAAAAAAAAAAGUAAAACUACAUGAUUCAGCUCAUUUUAAAAAUCUUUGCAUGUGUGAUGUUACCCUUGGCUUCAUCUCUUACCCAAGGUAGGUCUGUUUUGCCAUAAAUCAGCAAAGAAAUUGAGUCGCCCCCCACACACUAUUGCAGUGUUCAAUUCAAAAUGAUGACCUUGCUACCAGACUCUCCUAUAGAAAUAAUGGUACUUUCCAAAAUCUCACUCCCAGCUCACAAUUUCUUUAUCUCACAGCUCAAUUGUAUAUGUUUCACACAUCAGCUGUCCAUGUCCUCUGGAUGCAACAGUGGUUCUUUUAUGCUGGGUCAACCAUGUAGAAGUGCAUUUGGGCCUUUAACUACACAAUUCUUGAUUGGAGAUUUGCUGUUUAGAUUACUUUUUAUUUAUUUAUUUAUUUAUUCAUUUAUUUAUUUUUGGCUACCUUGGGUCUUUGUUGCUGCGUGCGGGCUUUCUCUAGUUGCGGCGAGC